AUGCUUAGCGAUUCCGAACUGAUGGCAGCUCUAACUCUGGAGAGGAAAACCAUCGAUCUGACCCCUCUGAAGAAGGCGAACGUCCCGAUAUUCUUCAUUGUUGGAGGUCCGGGCUCCGGAAAAGGCACGCAGUGUGAAAAAAUAGUUGCGAAGUAUGGCUUGUCACAUCUUUCCUCUGGAGAUCUGCUGAGGGAUGAGGAAAUUGUACUAGAUUUGAUCAAGGAAGCAAUGCUUAAAGAUGUUGCAAAGCACUGUAAAGGAUUCUUGAUAGACGGUUACCCUAGAGAGGUGAAACAAGGCGAGCAAUUCGAGAAAGAAAUUCAAGAAGCCAAAUUAGUAAUCUUUUUCGACGUAUCCGAAAACGUAAUGGUGGAACGACUACUGCAUCGAGCACAAACAAGUGGACGUGCCGAUGACAACAUAGAAACGAUCAAGAAACGUUUGAAGACCUUCUCGAAUGCUACUGCUCCAGUUGUGGAGUAUUAUCAAAAAAAGAAAAAGCUCAUACAAAUCAAGGCACAGGGAACCGUCGACGAAAUUUUCGCCAUGGUUGUGAAGCAUCUCGACGUAGCGCUGGCAGCAUCAUGA